AUGAUAUCCUCGCCACCAAUAUUCGAUGAAUCCCUCGGCUCUAAAGUUUUCAACAAUCCUCAUCUCCUUGAAGCCAUUGUUAGUUUUUUAAUCCCGAAUUGCGAGAAUAAUUUGACCACUCGAUUAAUCAAUAAGUCAUUCAAUUCCAUGUUCCUUCAAUUAAUAAGAAGAAGUCAUCGGAAAAUGAAAAUUGAAUUUAUUGGCAACACAGAGCUUGUUGAGGGAUGUGAAAAAGAUUGGAUAUUCAUUAAUUAUCGGAAAAUCAAAAAGUCGUUAAUUCCUGGAUAUUUCAGAUUUCUUAACAAGGUUGUCGGUGUGAAAGUAGAAGAAAUCAUUACAAAGAAUCUGUGGAUGACGAAAUAUACGUUUUUCACACAUCUUCAUGACGUUAUUCAUUCCCUAUUGAUUGGCAGCAAUCGUGGAAGUGUUCGAAAAUUGAUAGGACUGGAGGAAAUAUGUAUAUUUGAUGGAUGUCAGGACUGUGCAAAUAUUUCACGAAAAUGUGUCGAAUAUGGCCCAUUAAACUUCAAAGUUUUACAAGCUAUCAAACAUCCAAUUCAUUAUAAAAGGUUGUAUGUUUCUGAUGGAUUACUUGAAACUAUUGCCAACUACUGUACUCGAAGAUCCACAAACAAAGAAGGAUGCUUUAAUGUAUUGGAUGAAACUAUUCUGCCCUCUAUUUCAUGUGAAACACUAGUUUUAUGGAUAAAUGAAAGAAGAGACUUCUGGGAGAAUGGAGUAUUCAGACGUGGUCGUUUUCCUAUACCACGAGAAGUAUUGGAUGUUAUAAUUAAGAAAUGGAAUGUCAACUCGAUAGAAAUACGAAUGAUUUAUAGAGCAUGUGAGACUAAAUGUAACGGCGAAUGGUUAGGAACGGGAUAUUUCACAAAGUUCAAGUUUAACGAUCCAUAUUUUACAAUUGACAAAUCUGAUAAAAGAAUCGAUAAUAUCUAUGUCAACCUAUCGGUUUCAAGCAUUUGCACGAGAAGUCUAGGAUACAGUGAUGCAGUUCCAUGGGAAGAUACAAAAUUCAAGAAUUUCUUUCCAAUUAUACGACGAUUAUUUCCAACAAGAAAAUUAUCGAUUGUUUGCAGUCACUGGAGAUAUGGUGACUGCGGCAGUUUAGAAGGGUUCAUGAAAAAUGUUUUGAAUGUGAUUCAAUUGGAAAAACAACAGAAAUUCGAAGUCGAUGUUCAAUUUUUCACUGAUAUUUCGAAAUUGAAAUGGGGGGAUUCAGAAGAAAAUGAGGGAUUCGCUGAAACUCCAUCUGAAUACACAGUGACCUGUGAUCGAUUCGAAUGUAUCCUGAAGUCACUUCCCUUUGAUGUUGAACAUGGUCCAGAGAGAUAUGACAUAAUUAAAUGGAUUGGGAGACGAUUUCAAGUGAAGGACAUUGAAAUGGAUUUCACACUGAAUUUGGAUAUUUAUGUAAAACAACAUGAAUUGAGGGAGUUGAACAUUAAUAAGAGAUUAAUAGAGAAACAUCCGAAUAGUUUGAUUGGUUUAUUCAUGUAA